ACUCAAGUGCAAUGGCUUUAUAGGCAACCCACUGGUUCCAGGUAGGUAAGCGGGUAAUCCUACAAACAUUUAUAACUUAACAAGCACUCGGAGCCGCCUACUACGCAGUAGGGUACCAGGUAGUCAUUGCCCCUGCGUAAGGUGAUUGCAAAAAUGCUGACCCAAUUUACACAAACAGCUGGAUGGCAGUUUCUCAGCGCUACACUUGGCCUCAUUUUCCUCGAGGUAAGCAAAUAAAAAACAAACACUUAGUUCAGGGACAGACAACAAAGCUGUUUCUAAUGCUCGAUCCAGCUAUAGGCGAAUUCGACGACUACGAGUAUAAAAGUCGCAACAUUCUUUGCAUAGCACAUAGUUUACCUGAGUUCUUGGACGCGAGCCUUUUGAAAAAAAUUUUCCAAACUUUAUUAUCUUUAAAUUACAAAAAAAUGUUGCUGCUACUCAGCUUGGCCUGCCUCGGCGCAGUCGUCAUUGAACCUGCCGCCGCCAGUACGCGUAUUAUAGGCGGCAACUUUGCGCUGCUGGGCCAGUUCCCGCACCAGGUCUCAUUACAACUGCGCGGACGUCAUCACUGCGGUGGUUCACUCAUAUCGCCUACUAUGAUUGUCACUGCCGCCCAUUGCACAAUUGGACAGAGUCCGUCGCAAAUGCGCGUCAUCGCCGGUACGGUGGAUUUGCUUACCCGCAAUGGCAAGUCCUUUGAUAUUGCCAAGUUCAUCAUACAUCCACAAUAUAAUAAGCAGACACAAGACUACGAUCUCUCGCUCAUACAACUGAGCACGCCGGUGACGUUGGAUGAUAAUAUCGGUGUGAUUGCAUUGGCUGAUAUGGAGGCGAAUCACGCGGCCGACACGGUUGGCACUAUCAGCGGUUUUGGUGCUGUCAAUGGUAAUUUGCAGCUGCCCAAUCGCUUGAAGUAUGCCCGCGUGCAGUUGUGGAGUCGUGACUUCUGCAAUCCGAAGAACAUUCCCGGCAUUACGGAUCGUAUGGUGUGUGCUGGCCAUCCAAGUGGUCAAGUGAGCGCCUGCCAAGGCGACUCUGGCGGUCCAUUGACAGUGGAUAACAAACUCUUUGGCGUCGUGUCAUGGGGUUUCGGUUGUGGCGCAGCUGGUAAACCGGCUAUGUACACUUACAUCGGUGCACUGCGCUCUUGGAUCAAACAGAACUCUGGUGUUUAAUGUGACAUGCGAUACGAUUAAUAGGAAAUGAUAAAAAUAAAGU